AUGGGAAAUCCAAAUGAUACCCUUCCAAAGCUCUCUGCUCCUGAAUCCUCUAGCACCGCAGGUUCUACGCCAGCUACUAAACAGAAUCGCGUUCAAGAGACUUUACGACAUGUCCUCUUUGUCCUAGUUGCUUCUGUGCUUGCCGGCCUGGCAACCUAUGCUUCCCGUAAAUCUGCUUAUAAACGUGCUUAUCUGACCUCAUUGCCGGAGUCCUAUGCACUAUGUGCCGAGCAUGGGAAGAUAUAUACUGUGGAUGAAGAUCGGCUGAAUGUAGACUGCAUCCUGGUCAAGGGAGAUACUAUCCAGGCUACUGGAAGCAUGGAUGAGCUCCAUACCUACUGGGAUAUGUAUCAGAACGAACUCGUCAACAAAUUCUAUGGCGGCGAGUCGAAGGCAAAGAAGCCACUUACUAUUGUAAACACUUCGAUGGGAAGCAUCGUUGUGCCUGGGUUAGCAGAUGCACACGCACAUCUCAUGUUGUACGGUGAAAAGAUGCAGCUCAACCUUGAGGGUGCAGAGACUAUAGAAGAUGUUCUUGACCGCAUUGAAGACUACGCUGCAUCGCAUCCGACUGCGUCCGAUGACUCGGAACAUUGGAUAACGGGAUUUGGGUGGGAUCAGACACGCUGGAAAGACUGGAAAGGCGGUUUUCCAACAAAAGACGAUCUGGAGUCUCGCGCACUGCUCGCUAAUCGUUCCCUUGCUCUAUCUCGAGUCGACGGCCAUGCGUUGUGGGUGUCUACACGAGCACUUGAGCUGACCAUGGCGAAUAUUCCCGGAGGAAGUUGGCCUGAUGUAGAGGGCGGUGAGGUCGUGACUGAUGAGAAGGGCGACCCUACAGGCGUAUUUCUCGAUGCAGCUAUGUCCCUUGUACCUGUUCCCCCGCCAACACAAGAUGAGAUGGAGGAACAUCUGGAAUGGGCAAUCAAUGAUGUCCUCGCGGUUGGGCUGACAAGUGUGCAUGAUGCUGCGGUCAGCAUCGAAAUGUUGAAGGUAUUCAAGCGAAUGGCAGAAGAAGGUAGACUCAAAAUAAGGGUAUAUGCGAUGGCCCACGAAGGAGAGGCGGAGUAUUGGGGAAGCCGCUUUGAGAAACUAGAAGAUUACGGCGAAGACGGCAAGCUUAACCUCCAGAGCGUCAAAUUAUUCACCGACGGAGCACUGGGUUCGUGGGGUGCUGCGCUGCUUGAGCCAUAUUCGGAUAAACCUGAGACCUGUGGAUUAAUGCGUAGCACUGAAGAAGCGUUGCGCGAGACGAUGUCUCGGUUCUGGAAUGACGGAUGGGGUGUUAACAUCCACUGCAUUGGCGACCGUGCCAACAAGGCCGUGCUAGACAUCUUCGAAGACCUCAUCCAAGACAACGUAUCACACAACAGGAGGCCACGCAUUGAGCACGCCCAGAUUAUGCAGCUGGAGGACCUGGGCAGAGCUGGAAGACUCGGGGUUAUAACAAGCGUGCAACCCACACAUGCAACGAGCGACAUGUGGUAUGCGGAGAGUCGACUUGGCCCCAGCAGGAUCAAGGGCGCGUACGCAUAUCAGACAUUUCUGAGGUCAUCACGAGACAACGUAUUGCCUCUCGGCUCCGACUUCCCGGUGGAAGGGAUAAACCCGCUCCUUACAUUUUAUGCGGCUGUCUCGCGGCUAGACGUGGAGGGAAAUAGUCCCCAUGGCUCCGGUGGCUGGUAUCCCUCGGAGAGCCUCUCCCGAGCACAGGCUCUGAAAGGAAUGACUUAUGACGCAGCGUACGCGUCCUUUGCGGAAGAGAAACUUGGUUCCUUGACUGCUGGGAAGAAGGCUGACUUUGUAGUCUUGGACAAAGACUUUAUGCAGUUGGAGACACCUUUGGCGGACAUCUUGACGACGAAGGUGAUGGCGACUGUAAUCGGCGGUCAAAUUAUGUACGGCGGGGUAUAA